AUGGCGGACCGACGAACGCUUGUGAGGCCUCCGCCAUUAGAUCCGAAUAAGUCAGCGAUUGAGAAUGUGUUGGAGUUAACGGAACUAACGCAAAUCGGUCCUGAUAUGUUUACAAACACACGCCCUCUAUGGCACCCCCCCGGAGCUCGCGGUAUAUACGGCGGCGCCGUAAUCGCCCAAUGUCUCGCGGCAGCCCAACAAACCGUCCCCACGAACUUCUCCGUCCACAGCAUGCACUGCUACUUCGUCCUCGCCGGGGACGCGACCAUCCCAGUCAUGUACUACGUCGAGCACAUCCGCGAAGGCAAAUCCUUCGCCACGCGCACCGUCCAGGCGAAACAACGCGGCAAAGCCAUCUUCACAACCACCAUGUCCUUCGUCCGCGAAAACAGCGGCGGCAGGAAAACAGUCAACCACGCCGUCCCGCUACCCCAGAACAUCGUACCGCCCGAUGAAGACGGCAGUGAAGUUGAUGAUGAAGAAGGGAACGGCCCGUUCGUGUCUAAGAGAAUCGAGAUCUUGAAUAAAGACAGCAAAGACCCGCACGAGAAACGCACUCGCCAGUGGAUCAAAGCCAAAGGUCGCAUCUCCCCGCAAGGCGGCCACCAAGCCCAUCUCUCCGCCCUGGCCUACAUGUCCGACUCCUAUUUCAUCGGCACCGUCUCGCGCAUCCACGAUCUCUGGCGUUUCGGCACCCCGCCCAAUCCCCCGCCCAAUGGUAAGUCCACGCCCGAAAUGGAACAUCGCCGACAAUACAUGCGCAAACUCAAGGAAUCAGAGGGCGUCCACGGGGAUGCGGAGAAUGUUGGCGAGGGAAAGAGACCCGAGGUGGGCAUGAUGGGCGUUGUGAGAUUGAAAGAGGAGAGACCUGUGGCGCGGGCGCCGGGGUCGAAAUUAUAA